AUUAAGACAGCGGGUGGAUUGGAAUUGUUUGGCGUUUUCACUGUGAUCGUCCAGAUCUUCGAGCUCAUAACCACUAUGUUUAGUUGGGUAGUAUUUUAUUCUUUUGAGCCAAAAUGACCUAUAUUUUGAUACAGUUUUAUUCGUACACUCAAAAGACUCCAUCAUCUUUGUCCUGUUAACGUAAACGGACUUCGAAUUUUACGAUCGUAAAUAUAGGGAUAAUUCACUUUAAAUACAAAAUUUAGUUUAAUGAGUUUAUCAUCAACGAUAAUCAAUAUUUGGAUAAAAUAAUAGAAGCGAAUGUCACGAAAUUAUACUACAUCUGCGGCCUCGAGCGAAUAACCCAAAUUGGCUAGAGGAUGUGUGAACUUAAGAUAUGAUUGUGGUUAAUAUGUUGCUGUAACUCGUGACUUCCAUUAAAUUCUGUAUUUCGGAAGUGUUAGGUCUUGGGCUACGAAUUAGGGUCUAGUUAGAAUAUGCACUACAAUUUGAAUCCAAAGAUAUCUGUAUUUAGUGCCAACAGUAAUUUCAAGACUAAUAACCUGUUUUCCCUGUUUUUAUAUGUUUCAAAGUUCUAUAAAAGCUGCAUUCUGUCUGUCCUUGAUUGAUUAGCCUCAAGAUUGUUUUUAAAUUUGCUUAGAGUCUUUGGCAAAAUAUAAUUUUGCCGCAACUAUUUCCGUUACACCACUUGAAUAGUAUAACGAAUUUUUAAAAAACUGUACUGUGGAGAUUUAAAGUUAGGGUUUAUAUCACGGACUGACAUCAUUCGUAAUGCUCAAGUGCUAUCUAAUCAUAUGAAUGAAUGAAUUUCGCGUCAAAACGUAAGUUUUGUUAUCUUAGGUCUUGCUGGUUCGUCCAACAAUCAUAGUUUCGCCGCCUUUCUUUUUAAAGAGCAAUGGACGAACGAAUGGGGCCACCCAAUCCGCCUUUGAUCUAAAAGUCUAAUUCACAAAACAGUAGAGCAACGUCAGAAGAUUGAGUCCCAUGGUAGCCGGUGACCAAUAAUUGGUUCAUAUGCCAUUUGUCCUACUCAGGACUCUAAAGCCCAUUUUCACGGUUGGUUUGGAAUCAGGAUUUUUCAAAUCCUCUAAACCGAUCCUCUAUAUCUAAUUGCCCGGUUAAAGCGCCGGACAUUCGCUUUUCGUCCUCUCAAAUUUGCACCCCCCCACCGCGAGAAGGCAGUGGGUAGGAAUUCCCAGUCAGUGGCUGUAUACGCGUUAUUAAAUGAAAGCAAUUCGAGAUGGAGAGCUGACUCCACCCUCAACCGUAUUUAGAGGCACUAUGUAUACAAUAACAAUAACUCGUUAUUAUAAUAAUGUGUUUUGUCACAGUAUUUUAAAGGGCGACCUAUUUUUGUCUUGACAGAUCGUAACUCUAAACAAGAUGGAUGUACAACCAUCGCUCAUGAACUUCAGCGAAAAGUUUUAUGGGAAGAUAUUGGAAAAAAACCAGAGCACGCUGGAGAAUACUUUUCUCUCUCCUUUCAAUAUCUAUACUACCCUUGGAAUGGUUUUGUGCGGCAGUGCAACGAAUACAAAAGCUGAAAUAAUAAAAACAAUGCAAUUAUCUGGAUGCUUAAAACAUGAUAAACUUCAUAGUGGGAUUAGGGACCUCCUAAAUGACUGUUCAAAACCUGAUGAUGUUGAGAUUAUCUUUAGCAGUGGACUUUUUGCUGCACAUGAUGUUAGUAUUCAGCACCAAUUCAAAGUUCAUUUAAAGACUUACUAUAAUGCACUGAUAGAACAUGUGACAUUUCAGACGAAUAAAGAAUAUGCUCGUGAACGAAUAAACCAAUGGGUUAGUGAACAAACCAGCGGAAAGAUCCAACAACUUCUCUCAUCUGAGUCCCUAAAAGAAGACACAUCGGUUGUAGUGUUAGCUACUACAUAUUUCAAAGGUUUAUGGAAAUCGGCUUUUCCUGUGUUCAACUCUUACAAUGAUAAGUUUUCUUGUCUAGACAAGUCAAAAAUAGACGUAACGUUUAUGCAUAUUAAUUCCUCAUUCAACAUGGUCAGCUUGCCACAUUUAAAGUCACGAGCUAUCAAAAUACCUUUUAAAAAUCCUAAUGAACAAAAUUUUGGGUUCGUUCACAAAAAUCUUCAUGCUAUUCUUUCAGCCACUGAAUUAUGAGUUUAUACUAUAAAAAAAGAUGCGCUUCUUUCCGAAUUACUAACCAUUUGGGUUUAUGCAGCAAUCAGAUCUGUAAAACCAAGGUGAUAAAAAGUUUCAUAGUUUUCAUGAGAAAAAAUUCAAAAAUGUUUGAUUCUCAUUAUUGGUUGUUCUUCCAAACACAAAUGACGGAUUACCUGAUUUACUGAAAUCAUUGUCUAAAAACAAAAAAAUUUCAUCAAUUCUUUCUUCUAAAUUUAUGGAGACCAGUGUAAAUUUGUAUUUACCAAAGUUCAAACUGAAGGAAGGCAGUGCUAUUAGCCUUGUAGAAUAUCUACAGAAAAUGGGAAUGAAGGAUGCUUUUUGUCCAGGAUCAGCUAACUUUAAAAAUAUGUCUGAAUCAAGUAAUUUUUGUAUCGGAGAUAUACUUCAUAAAGCUAUUCUUGAAAUUGCUUUUACCUGUUAAGAUUGUGAAAUAAACUUGAAGCGCUCGUCGGUCGUAGUCAGUAUGGGUGAGAUUUGAUUUCUGCCUACUUGUUUAUACAGGAAUUUAUACUUGCGAGUAAUGCGUCCUGCUAUUUAUUCGGAGCCACACCUUUCAACAUAUAGAGCUGAUUGCUAGUUUGAUGCAUAGGACUCUAUCGAAAUAUUGAGUCAACUUAACACCAGUAACGUGUAUCACACGGAUGGACUUCGAUAAGAUAAUGUUUCGUGAUUUCUCACUUGACCUCUUUGUCAUGAAAUAAUUUUGAAUGUAAUAAACUCUGGGUAGUCAUGAGUGACAUUGAUAUUUCAAAAUAAUGUUGCUCAUUGAGAAACGAUCUGUUUAGUUUGUUGAAAUAUCACGACCAGCCGCAGCAAUAACUUUGACGUUCUCUAUUCGUCUCUUGGAGUCAGUGAUGGUAAUCCACGAAGAGUCACAGAAUGUGGUAAUCUUUGAGAAGUAAAUUCAGAUAGCCGUGUAGAAUAGUUAUGUUGGUCAGAAAGUUUGGG